GGUAGUGAUAUAUUUGACGAUCCAUUUAUCCUCGCAACUCAAGCCACCCAAGUCUAUUAUGUACAAGAUUCUAUAGAGAAGGAUUGGUACGCCGUGGUUCAUCCACCUACAAGAGACUUCUUUGAUAUGGAUGCUAGAAGUGAUGGGAAUGAUGAAUAUUAGGCUAGGACCAGGAAAUAUGAUGACUUCGGGGUCAAGAUCUGAUGCAUUCAAUGAGUCCCAUGUAUCUAACCAUGAACGAAGAUUGAAUGAGCUGAAUUAUAGAGUCAGAGAAGUUAAUCUACCACAAAUGGAAUGCAUCAAUAUUAUCAAACAAAUUAAAACAAAAGCUUCAAAUAGGGAUAAAUUAAAACACUUCACUAUGAAUUCUAGAGCCGAAGAACAUGAUGACUUAAGGAGCCAUGAGGGAAGUGGUGAUGAAACUGAAUCAGAAGAUGGAGAAGAUGACGUUGAACACGGUGAUGAAACUGAAUCAGAAGAUGGAGAAGAAGAUGAACAUGAACAAGAAGAGGAAGUUAGACAAGAACAUCAACAAACUCAUGGUUAGUUCUGAGGGUAUAAAAGAAUUUACAUGUGCUUGUUAUGC